AUGGCCACAAAGAAUUUCCCGUUAGAAUUUUUUUUCAUAUUGCAGACUACUAUUGGCUGCCAGUUACGGUACACAAGCUUGAUUAUCAGGCACGUGACUGUUGCUAACUUCAUGGUCAUUCUGUCUAAAGCAAUCCCCCAAACUCUGUCAUUCUUUGGCUUUAACAAUUUCCUCAAUGAUUUUGGUUGUAAAAUUCUUUCCUAUGUUCACAGAGUGGGCAGGGGCGUGUCCAUUGGCAGCACCUGUCUGCUGAGUGUCUUCCAAGCCGUCACCAUCAGCCCUGGGAACUCCAGCCAGUGGGCCAAUAAUACUAUCACAGAAGACAAAAAAAAUAUAUACUGUUCUUCUGUUCAUCGGGACAAAAUUGUAGGAUCACUUUUUGCAGCACUGACAGCGUUCCCUGACGCUGUGUGUCUGGCACUCAUGCUCUGCAGCAGUGGCUCCAUGGUUUUCAUCCUGUACAGACACAAGAAGAGGGUCCAACACAUCCACAGGAACGUGUCCCCCAGAGCCUCCCCUGAGACCAGAGCCACUCAGACCGUCAUUGUGCUGGUGAGCACCUUUGUGUCUUUUUACACUCUUUCUACACUGCGAGUCUUUGGAUGUAAAAAUACCCUCAGUGAUUCUGAAUGCAAGUUCUUUUCCUACAUGCACAAGGUGGGCAGGGGCGUGUCCAUUAGCAGCACCUGUCUGCUGAGUGUCUUCCAGGCCGUCACCAUCACCCCUGUGAACUCCAGCAGUGGCUCCAUGGUUUUCUUCCUGUACAGACACAAGAAGAGGGUCCAACACAUCCACCGGAACGUGUCCCCCAGAUCCUCGCCUGAGACCCGGGCCACCCAGACCAUCAUUGUGCUGGAGGAAAGGUCUGGCUCCUGGCGUUCAGAAGCCCCUGGAAAGGAGCUGGGUUACCUGGGUCGACCAGGAGAAGUGAAGCCAGAAACUACAUUACCCAGAAAGCUGUUCGUCGCCGCUGUGCCCCUAGGAGCUCAGCCAAUGGCAGACACGGACGGAGGGGUGUUUCCGGCGUCCUCGUCUGCCGGGGCGGGACUUCCGGCGCCAUGGCUGCGAUCUCCGUUUGCCGGUGCUGAUUUGAUGAUCGGAGUCGUAGUCCGGAGCGUUCACUCACGCCCCGUCCCUGGGCCUCUGCGGGACCCGAGUCCCCAUGUUUCAGCCGUGAACCCGCGUGGCGAGGUGCCUCCUCGGAGCCGCCCUGGGCUCUCCGGGACCCCAGCCCUGCCCGUCCUCCGUACGGACCCGCCACGGCGGCCGCGGCCACGAUGGAUCGGGUCCAGUCGAAGCCCGGCUCAGGGCUUGUGUCCCCCCACGUCCGUGCACGGGCUGAUCCGGGACUCGGAGCUGCUCGCAGUCGGAGCCCGAGGUGAUGGGUUCGAACCACCCCGCCACCACGUCCGCGGCGAGCCCGCUGGACCCAGAGGACGGACAGUGUCCAUGGCUGGGACUCCUCCCACACGCAGGCUGACCCCUUUCUUUCUCCGCAAGAAUGCAGUGGGAGGGGGAAGCUCCAGGGCUUACGUCCCUUGCCACCAGCGCGCCCUCUCCCAGCUGCGAUGA